UCCGCCGGCGGAGGCGGGACUUCCGCCCGGAGCCGGAAGCGGGGCUCGUGGGUCUCCCUGGCGCUCUCUCCCUCUCAUAUGCGAGCGGAUUCUGGCUGCUGCCGCUUCUUGGCGUCGAGACCUUCCCGCCGCCGCCUCCUCCUCCUCCUCCUCUGUCUCCCGCCUCUCCUCUGCGCCCUUCCCCUCCCGCCGGCCGCUCGCGCCGCCGCUCCUCCCCCGCCUGGGCCCCGCCGCCGCCGCCUCUUCUCCCCUCCCCGUUCUCACCCCCCCCCUUCCUGGAACUCGGCGGCGGCGGAGGAGGAGGAAGAAGGCGAGGGAGGGGAGCACCAGCCGCCGCCGCCGAGGACCCCGGCCCGGCCUUCCCGCGGAAUCUCGCCCGGCAGGGCCUGACUGGCUGUUAGGUGACAGCUUAUCAACACAGUUCUCUCAGAGUAGCCAAAAAGUAGGCAGCUCAUGACUUCUGAUCAGGACACUAAAGUUGUGGCUGAACCGCAGGUGCAGCAAGUACAAGAAGUUAAAGACAGUUCUCAUCUAGAAUCGGCCAAGGUUUCUGAAUUAAAUCCAAAUGCUAAAGUAUGGGGGAAUCACAUGUUACACCUGGAAGCCGGUGGUGCUACUGAUGGCGGUGUAAGCAAAACCUGGGAAGAAAUUCCAGACCAUCCACCAGAUUCAUGCAAAGAAGUUUUGUCUGCAGGGUUGGAGGCCAAUGGUGAUGGUGACAAAAAACACCAGAAUGAAUCGCUAAUGGAUAUGCAAGAACCGUCACUCACAGUUCCAGCAUCAGACCAAACCGAUAUGAACCCUUUGACUCUUGAUCAUUCAGACUAUGAAUCUCUGCACGAAAACACUCAGACAGGAGACAAAGAGCAGCUGCAGCCAGAAGGUCAAGAAGACCUGCGAGAGGUGCUUAAAAAAACACUGGAGUUCUGUUUAUCUAGAGAGAAUCUUGCCAGCGACAUGUACCUAAUCUCUCAGAUGGACAGCGAUCAGUACGUGCCAAUAAUGACAGUAGCUAACCUCGAUCACGUCAAGAAACUGAGCACUGAUAUGGAUUUGAUUGUUGAAGUGCUGCGAUCAUUGCCUUUAGUCCAAGUGGACGAGAAGGGCGAAAAAGUCAGGCCAAACCAGAAUCGCUGCAUUGUGAUUUUACGUGAAGUUCCUGAAUCCACUCCUAUUGAAGAGGUUGAAGCACUCUUCAAGGGAGACAACCUGCCUAAGUUCAUCAACUGUGAAUUUGCCUAUAAUGACAACUGGUUUAUUACGUUUGAGUCAGAAGCAGAUGCACAGCAGGCUUACAGAUACCUUAGAGAAGAAGUGAAAACUUUCCAAGGAAAACCGAUUAAGGCAAGAAUAAAAGCAAAGGCGAUAGCUAUAAAUACAUUUUUGCCAAAGAAUGGAUACAGACCUCUGGAUAUGAACAUCUACACACAGCAGCGUUAUACAACAUCAUUCUACUUACCUCCAGUAUACAGUCCCCAACAGCAGUUCCCACUUUACAGCUUAAUUGCCCCACAGACUUGGUCAACGACACACAGCUAUCUCGAUCCAUCUUUGGUAACGCCGUUUCCAAAUACUGGGUUUAUCAAUGGUUUUACAUCUCCGUCUUUCAAGCCUACUGCUUCUCCACUGACUUCGCUCAGACAGUAUACUCCAAGAAACAGGAACCCCAGCAAAUCACAUCUACGGCAUACAAUACCCAGUGCAGACAGAGGACCUGGACUUUUAGAGAGCCCCACCAUAUUCAAUUUUUCCACGGAUCGCUUAAUCAACGGUGUCAGGAGUCCACAAACAAGGCAGCCGGGUCAAAAUAGAACACGGAUUCAAAGCACUUCAAGCUACACCAAGAGGGAAGUAGGGAGUGGCCGAGUAGAACCCACUACUUCAGACUCGUCCCCGAGCUUAGGACGAGGAAGAAAAAAUUCGUACGGCUAUCGGAAGAAGAGAGAAGACAAGUUCGCGAGAGGGCAAACACAGUCUCCUCCCCCUCCAAAGCCUCCAUCGCCAAGCUUUGAACUGGGCUUGUCCAGUUUCCCUCCAUUGCCAGGAGCUGCCGGCAAUCUCAAGACAGAAGACCUGUUUGAAAACAGAUUGUCCAGCGUGGUAGCGGGCACGUCAAAAGAGCGGAACCUCAAUGUGGACGCAAGUACAAACACUGUUCCGUCAGGAAUUCCUCGAGAGCCUUUGUUGCCGGUUUCUUCUUCUUCUUCUCUGCCAGGGGCGUUUGAAAGGUCUCCUUCCCCAUCCCAGCCUCCUGACGACUCCAAAGCUACGGACAAGCCACAGAGAGAGACACAAAACACGGAAAGACUUUCUUCCACGCUCACAACCGCUUGUAAAUCAGUACAAGUCAACGGGGCUGCCGUAGUGGAGUUGCGAAAGCCGAGUUACGCGGAGAUCUGCCAGAGGACAUCGAAGGACCCGCCUCCACCGCAGCCCCAGAAAGAACAGAAGCCAAACACUGUCAGCUGUGGGAAAGACGAACGGAAGCCCACAGAAACACUAGAGCGGAGCAAAGAGGCCCCUCCGGUCAAGUCAAGCCCAGGGCAGCCCAAAGACCAGAGGGGACAGUUGGGACGCCGAUCACCACCCCCUCCAGCUGCUGGGAAACGCCUCACUAAAGAACAGAGCACCCCUCCCAAAUCUCCUCAGUGAAACUAGCGCUGCGGAGGGAUUCAAACAGUUCUGCUAUCCAUGAAGUAAACCCACGUGGCCACUCAGAGUACACAGAACGAGUUGCUGGUUAGGAGCUUGCAGUGGGUCUUGAGUCUAUGCGAUUCCUGCAGGGGUGGUUUUUUUUUCUUUUGUGGUUUUUUUCCUUUUCUAAAAUAGAUUCCUCCUUCACUUUCCUUGCACCUCUGUCCCCCCCCCCACCACCACCAAAUUCCCCCUUGAGCAAACAGUCUACUCUGUCAGGGUUUAAUUAAUCUAAACCUUACGUUUAGAUUGGUGCUUAACCGGUGGUGAUGCCUAAAUUUUUUUUUCCUCUCCAGAUGGAAAAUAUGUUUACCUGACAAAAACUUUUUUUUAUGAAGCCUUCCAGCAGCUGUGUGAAUACAAAAAUUAACUAACGAUUUCCCCCCCUAAUCUGUUAAGCAGAGUUCUGCUUCAGUAGUUUUUUUAAAUAACUGGUAUGAAAUGCGUACCUUCUAAAAUGGCGAAAGGGUUCAUAACAGCAGCUAAUGUUUAGAGUGCGAGAAAAGCAAGCAGUUUUACAAGAUGGCAAAAAAAAUUUUCCUUUUAAAUUCUGGCUAAUCUAGCACAUCCGUAUAGAAAACCUUUUUUUUUUUUAGUUUUAAAAAUAAAUCGGAAUCUAAAGAUUUUAAAGUGCAACUUUUUUUUUUUUUUUUGGUCCAGCCAAAAGUAAGUCCCUUAAAGAUCACCCGGUGGGAGGCUUUUCUAGUAUAUUUGUCGGGAUGGACAGCAAGCAAGUAACCAGCUUCUCAUAAAUAAAACGGUUCCUUAAAUUUCAGGAAAUGAAAAAAAAAGCACAUUGUGAAUAAAAAAAAUAAGUAUAUAAACCCUUAUUUAUGGCAGAUGUCAGUUGAUGGCUGUUUUUCACAAGAUAGCACAACGGCACUCUCUUGAGGAGGAUCUCCUUUGUUGCCGCUCAGUUGGAGGGAAUUAGAGUCACCACUGUCCUUUCUGGUUUACCCCUGUGCAAGUUUUUUUAACUAUGCUCGAAGUGCUCUUUGAAAGAGUUCAUAUCUUAAUCAGCCAAAGUGCUGCCAUCUUUCUGUACCUACAAACAUUGGCAUUUGGAUUUAAAUUUUUUUCAGUCCGAAAGAUAAUGGAGUUCUCUUUUUUGUGUGUGCACGUGAGGUGAAGGAAGAGACCCCCUGUUUCUGUCUGGGGUGAGGUUUGUCACGCUUCCUUUCGAAGUGACAUGCUUUCUGAAGGACGAGGAUGCACUAAAAAUUAGCAAGUUUCUAAUAAAGUUGACUAUAAAUUAUUCUUUUUAUUUUAAGAUGCCUAAAGGGUUUUUUUUUCUUUUGAGUGUUUGAAGCAGCAGGUAGUUCGGAUGAAAAUGUGUUCCUGCUGAAUACGGUUUAUUCCACACACACAAAAAAAGGUUUAUUUAAACAACUGAUUUUUUAAAAGAAUUAUUUCCAUCCAAUAUUUAAAGACUUGAAUUUUAUUUAAACUUGAAAAUGACUUUGCCUUAACUUUUGUAUAAGACAGCUUAGAGUUACUGAAGUCUGACCCCUUUCGAAGGGUUAGUGUGGGUGGCGCAUACAGAAUUACUCAGUUUUACAGUGUGUGUAUUGCCACUGAUCUGAUUGAGUAAGCAUACUAUAGUACAGGAUCUAGCGGUGGUUUUUUUGUAAUAUACCUUAAAAGAUCUUAGGCAGUUGAUCUUUUUCAAAAUGUUGAAAAAAUCUGUAAAUGGAAAUAGUCAAUACUGUAUUAAAUAUGUGCACUUGGAAGUGUGUGCUUUGAUUGUACAGUUGUAAAUAAUCAGAACAUAUAAAAAGGUACCCUUAAAAACUGAUAAAAAUUAUUGAUAUAUUAUAAAUGUUGCUGUUGAGCUGGAUGUAGAUAAACUAAAUGUUGUGGUUUGAAUAUUACUUUUAAUUUGUUGGGUUUUUUUCCUUGUUACUUUUUUCCUUUAUUCCGGUAUGCUGAGCUGAUUCUGCCUCUUCACUGCAAAAGGGAAUUGGAGAAAGUCCGUCUUUAAAAUCCCUGAAAUUUUUUUAAAAAAUAUUUUGGGCGUGUGUGUUUCAACCAGUGUGAAGACUUGGUUGUGCACUGUAAUUUUCACUUCUGUUCUUAUAAGCUGCAAUUAAUAUAUAUUUUUAAAGAAAUCCUGAGUUAGAAAGCAGUUGCCACACACAGAGACACACACAAACCUCCCCAAAUUGCUUUUCUUUAGGCCAAACCUUUAGCAGCUAAUUGUGUUGGAUUUAAGUUUCCACGUGGCUAUAAAAAGAUCCAGGGCAGUUGAUUUCCUAGCAUAGAUUGCUGCUAUUUUUUUAAUUUUUUCCAUUUUAGAUACCCAGCCUGCUUUUUGCACUGCGGAAUUCAAAAUCAGCAAGCUGGGAUCUGUUUGUUUGUUCCUUUCUUUUUAAAAGGCACACUUGGAAUUGCUGAGGGAAGAGGCGGGAUUCCUAACAUCAGUCGAAAAAAUCACCAAACUGAUGCUGUUGUUGGGUUUUAACGUUCAUCUUUUACCCAGGAAGCAGUGAAAAUGGCAGUUAGAUUAGGAUAUGAUGUGGGCCAACUAUGGGCUUUUUGCUUGCCUGUUGGAAGCACGCAGUAAAGGGCUGCAAUCAACAUUGGAUGCGGCCGCAGCAAGUGUGCAGUGAAUCAUCACGGCCAACCGAUGCAUUGUCAUUCAUGUUAUGCAGACCGGCAGGUGGGUCGCACUGUUCUAAUGCAUUCUGCAGCUGCUUGUACUAGGUUAAUACACUGUAAUUAUUUCUCACCCAAAUAACAGUCUGUAUAAAAGAAAUUUAAAACUUUACUGUGAUAGCUUUUAUUUUUUAAAAAAAGAGCAAGAGUGAUAUGCCAAAUACCGUUUCCCAAUCACUUUAAUAUUUCCCACUCAGACAGUAAGGAACUACUGGCGUGAAGCUGAUGUCUCACAGACCUGUUGACAUACAGCUGUUCAAAUCUGGCAUUUUUAAAAAGAGAGCGCUUCUCUGGGAUCUGAGUUGCAGGUUAAAGCAAUAGGGGCUAGUUUACAAUUAACAUAUUAAAAUAAAUUCUUGUAGGAUUGCUUUGGUUCUCUUCAUAUGGAAGUAUAAUGCAGGUUUUCUGAGACUUUGUUAAAGGAAUGUAUUUAAAACGAGAGUUUACUUCUGAAUAUUUAUGCGUACAUUAAUUUUGCGCCAGCCCUCCCUGUCCUCCCCCCCCCUUCUGCUUUUACAUUCUGUCAUAGAAAACUGGUAACUUCUCAGUCCUUGGGUGGGCGGUGCCUCCUAUCUAAAGACAUAAUUGAUUGGCCCAGAGGUCCCUUUAAUUUCUAAAUGUGUUGCAGUGUAUCAUGAUCAACCACUGAUGCUUAAGGAUCCAGACCUGUCUCUGUAUUCCUUGUAGCUAGCUGCAGUUUUUACAUGUUCUGUUAUCUAUUACGUGGAUUGCAGCAGACAAUCGGAGACACCCGCAGGCUGACAGCUGCCGAGUUAGGAAACAGAAAGUAUAAUACAGAGGAGGCCUUUUUGGGGAGGGGUUUCUGUUUUGUUCUUCUUCCAUUUAAGACUGGAAUCAAGCUUACAUGUAAACUAUUGGUAAUUUAAGUUUCCUUUUUUGUGUCAUAAAAUGUACGACUGUCUAAAAAAAAUGUAGGUUAUGAAAAAUAAAGAUUUAGGCACUGUUGAAUUUCUCUUUUUUUAAAUUAAAUUUCUUACAACAGUA